AUGUCCUUAACUUCUUAUCGCAUAUGUGUGGAGAACAGCAGCAACACCCCCACCUUCCCCGUGGCAGCCUGUACGGAUCACAAGGCUCUCGAGCCCGGCCUGCACACGUGCCAGCAGGUGGCGGCAUUUGGCUACGGGUGGAGCAGCAUGGGCUACUCCGAGACCUUCCGCAUCAACCCCGCUCUCUACUGCGACCACCUGCUGCCCGGUGCUGCUGGGUGGGGCGACUCUGUGCUCGACUCGGUGAGUGAUUUGUGA